ACCUACUCCAAGGAUGUAAAGCUCACAUGUGGUGUUCCUCAGGGUUCUGUACUAGGCCCACUGCUCUUCAUCAUAGCAAUAGACUCCUUAAGUGUGCGACUCAAUGCAAUUCCCAAUCUCGCACACGGUUUCUUUGCGGAUGAUCUAACGCUGAUUUGUCGACACUCGGACCGAGCAUAUAUUCAGUACGUGUUGCAAGAAGGCUUAGACUGCACCUCGAAGUGGUCCGAAGAGAACUUCAUGGAGGUGUCGGUAGAGAAGACGCAGUACACCUUCUUUGGGGUUCGGUACGCCAAUAGUCUGGUUCUCACAGUGCAGGGGAAGCAGCUACGGGAAACCCGAACUCCCAAAUUAUUGGGGUAUAUUCUGCAACCCCAUAAAGGUGCGGGCAAGCACGUACGUGAGAAGAUGGACUCGGGCAAUAGAAAGCUCCUUCAGCUGCGCGCUAUUGCCUCACCGGAAUGGGGUCCAUCCAAAGAAACACUGCGUGCCUUUUACAUGGCCCUCAUUCGCGCUCGUGUCUGCUAUGGCAUCGCUGUAUGGUGGUUUCUCGCAUCACCUUCCUCUCGCGAUGCCUUGGAACGACUGCAGGCGCGAGCAGCCCAUGUGAUAGCGGGAGUGCCGGGCAACGCCAACCGCCAUGACAUUCUCAAGGAGGCCCGACUGUGUACAAUCGACGCCUACGCCACAUACAAGGCCUUGGAGUUUUACUUACAAGCGAAGGUGCGGGGAGGCAUACAUGCAGCGACAGCGGAACGGCUAGUCCCUUCUGAUCACACUGUCCGCGCUGCAUUAAAGAAGGUGGAAGGGACGUAUGAAACCGUAGAUGACUUCCAUAAGCGCCACUACGCCUCUACCCUCCGUCUAGCCGCGCGCCCCUUCUUCAAUGUAACACCUCCGGGCGGGUUAAAGGCUGACGCUCCAGAAGCCGAAAAGUACAAACACACGAUGGUUCGAGUGAAUCGAUUUCGCAAUGCGGACUAUCAGCUCUGGACGGAUGGUUCAGUCAAACUGGAUAACUCCUCUGGUGCAGGCGCCAUAUUGUACAAUAAGACGGGUCACUCCGUUCGGAGAGUGUCAGGUGCGGGCAUCCUGGCUUGCAGCUAUAGAGCGGAGUGUGUCGCUAUGGAACGGGGGUUGCGGAACACUCUG